AUGGCAAUGAGUGUAGUGGCAGUGAGCAUUGAGCUCGGGCACACUGCCCGGGUGCUGCAGCAUGUAACUAAAGAGGGCUUCACCCACGAGUGGAGUGUGUGGGUCAGGGGGGAGAAUGAUCGCAGCCUCGCUGAUAUUGUAGAGAAGGUUGUCUUCAAUCUACAUGAAAGUUUCAAGGGGCCCAAGAGAACCCUCCAGACGCCUCCUUUCAUCAUUACUGAGAAGGGGUUUGAGUAUAACCUUGUCCUGCAAGACCUCCAGGCACCGCCUAUCACCCUCACCCGCUGCGAACGCCUCACGUUCUACAGCCCACAAGAGGAACUAAAGAAGAAGCUGCUGGCAGCAGGAGGCACGUGCCUGGCAAGUGGCAAGGAAGAGUUCAUUGGUGGCUGGGCACUCGGGGAGCUGCCGUAG